GUAUAUAUCAGUCCUCAGAAAGCGCUUAUUGCUGACUUCUCACGUACAACAUGUUACGUGACAAGAGUGAGAGUUUUCAACUUGUUUGUGGUCACUCUAGGCUUUGUUUAUAAACACACUGCGGAGGACAAGAGAUACCUGGGAUUACACAGCGGGUGACCAGACGCCAGUACCACUGCAUGUGUGGGACGGAUGACCGCAUCAGGAAAUGUGGAGAUUCGUACGUGAUCGGCAGGCUUGUGCACGUGACACACAAACUCGGCAACGGAGCCUUCCAUUUGAACACUGGAUAUCGAAUCCCCAGCGACCUUGCAUAGAGUUGUGUCGCAGCGGGUGGACGGGUGUAUGACUUGCCCCCUCACAAGCCGCCCGAGGGCAGGGCAUGGGGUUGUGGAGCAGCAAGGAGGAGCAGUUACAUGAGGCUACCCGGGGUGGAGUUACAGAAACGGUUACUCGUCUCCUGGAUGCAGGCGUGUCAGUGAACUGCUAUGUAGGUCGGAGAUCACUCCUCUACACGGCAAUACAAAGCCGCCAGUAUGAUUUAGCCAAAAUCUUCAUCAAGAGGGGCGCUGACAUCACUGCUGGAUUUUACACAGAUACGCCGCUUCAUUUAGCCGGUCGGAUGGGGGCAGAAGACCUAGUUAAGCAUCUGCUCCAAAGCGGGGCUUGUAUCAAUAUGCCGGAUCAUAAUAACUGUACGCCGCUGUGGGGAGCUGUAGCGGAGAACAAGAUGGCGGCUGUACAGGCCCUACUACGUCAUCCAGGUGUUGACGUCAAUAUGGCGUGCAAUGAUCGCUUUAUGAAACAGGGCAGGAGUAGUUCCCCCUUGAAGGAAGCCAUUCAGACAAACAACCUCGAACUUAUCUCUCUUCUCUGCAUGCACGGUGCUGACCUUGAACAGGCCGAUAACGCCAGACACAAGCCUCUCCAUCAUGCAACGUGCUUGGGGUAUGCUGACGUUGUCAACUUCCUCAUCUGCGAGGGCAGUGACCUUGACGUGGUUGACAGAGGGAAUGUAACCCCAUUGUAUCUAGCUUGUGAAAGGGGCCACCUACAGAUUGCAUCCAUGUUGAUUAACGCAGGGUGCGAUGUCUCUAUCUCCCGCAAUAUGAAUGGUUGGAAGCACAAACUGUUCUCCCCUCUCCACAUCGCCGUACAGGAAGGACACACAGACAUCGUCAGGCUGCUAUGCAGUGUGGGAACAGAUGUGAACACAGUGGAACGUUUGGGGAAAACACCGCUGACCUUGGCCUGUGAGUCCGGACACCUGGACAUCGUGGACGUUCUCAUCGACUACGACGCUGAUGUAAACCGAAGGGAUGUGUUUGGCCACACUCCGUUAUUCUAUGCACUCCAUGUAAGUCAGCGGCAUCUGAAACAGAAGCUGCUGCGGACCAAUCAGACCUGUACCUGGUCACAUCAACACAAUCAGGCUCAUAGUGGUGAAGAGUCUUUCAGUGUCAAAGCUUUGCACAUGUUGUUGAGAGCUGGUGCAGAAUUGAAUUGUAAAGAUAAUAUAGACAAAUACUCACCAGUCCAUUAUGCAAUUAUAUACGGCCACUUAGAUACAACAUGUAUCCUGCUACAAUGUGGCGCCAAGAUACAUUCCAGGGAUAUACAGGUAGAACAUCUGAAAUGGGAAAACCUGUCAAUGCUCAAACUGCUGAUUUAUUACAGUCAGGAUUUUUACGAUCUUGCUGAAAUGUGGUGUCAAAAACAGCCAAAGUUAGCUCCGAAUUGCCAAAAAUUGGUAGGAUCGGCGACACUUCAGCCUGACAGUCUGCUAACACUUUGUAGAAGGUCGGUGAGGUCUGUCCUUCAAAGUCGCACUCAACGAUCAAUUGAACCUCUGGUUGAACUGCUGCCUGUGCCGUCGACGUUGAAGGCCUUUUUACUCCUUCAGGACAUGUAUGACUUGGUCUUCAAACACUGGGAUUUGGACUAGAGUUGUGAAAUCGGAAAUAUGUCAAAGAAAUUAUCUUUUUAAAUCGUUUCACAUUUUUAUACAAUGCUUAAUUGAAAAAAAUAUGUUAUUGUUC